GUCACACGCCAUUUUUGUAUGGCAAGCUGACACCACCAGAAGCUCCCCGGUACAUUUUAGUGGAACAGAAAGAAGCUCUUUUUGGGAGGUCCGUUGUAAACUUGUUCUCAACAAAGGUGCAAGUGGGAUCUCAGCGACGAUGUCGUUGAGGGUUUGGAGUCGAGUGUCGGUGUUUGUCGUCUUUCUUGUCGCCACCUCAUGUCUGGAAGGAGCUGCUGAAGACGCGGAAACUGACAAUAAGGGUGAUUCAACACAGACCACCGACGAUGAGGACUCUCCAGACCCCAGCGGUGAUACCGAUCAUCUCCGCAAGGAGUGCUGUCUCCAGGGUAGGCGGGCCGUCAGCCGCUGGGGAAGCUGCCCAGGGAAGGCCCUACGCUACCUGAAGACAGUCUCCCUGGAAGAUGACGAGGCUAAGACGUGUAGGCUAGCCUUCAGUGGCUGCUGUAACAGAGCCAGCAAUGCCGCCACAACUUCGGAUUCGGCUCCGGGCAAAGACGUGAAGCAGCUGGGCGGCGGUCCCACAACUAGCGAAGGCGACACAGAGCAGAAAGUUAAGUCAGCUCCCCAACAACCCACCGGUCCUUACGAACUCCGCAAGUCGUGCUGUGACCGCGGCCACCAGUCCCUCCGACAAGAGGGCCCCUGUCAGGUGAAGGCCCGUAAGUACGUGCGCACUACCACCCUGGGCAGGAGUGACGCCAAACUGUGCCGGCUGCUGUUCGGGGCGUGCUGCUACCGGGCUAGCAGAGUCGCCAAACCUGGGGUGCGUCUUCUUCUUGUUUCGUUUUGA